UAUGCCCAAGCCGGCGUGGCUUUCUCAUGGGCCUCGUCCAUGACGCUCGCCAGUGUCAGCCUUUUGCCAUCCCAUGGGUAUGCGAUGCUUUAGGAUUCUCCUGGACAUGAUCACACUCAAAAGGGCCCAACCUCUGUGCCUACAUAUGUCCAAGCGUGGCCUUCUCAUGGACUCCAUGACGCUCAGCGGGCCAGCCUUGGCGCCCAUUGGCUUGCCCCUAGCAAGCAAGUUGGCCAAGGCAGUAGCCAUAGCGGUAACCCCCUCACUAGCCUCGCCACAUUGGGGGCCAGCUUCGCAGCCUUGGCGAGCAGACUUGGCGGCUUUUUUCGUUUGUCUUUCUGUCUCUUAGUAGUCAACCUGUCUAGUUGUUAACCUAUGCCCAGCGCAGCGGGCCCUUGAUGGGCCCGCUUUCUGGGCA